AUUGAAGAGAGACCAUGAUGGCGGCGGCGCUGGGGCCCCCAGAAGUGAUCGCUCAGCUGGAGAACGCGGCCAAAGUUCUGAUGGCACCACCUUCCAUGGUCAGUAAUGAACAGCGCCAGCAUGCAGAGCACAUAUUCCUGUCGUUUAGGAAAUCCAAGUCACCCUUUGCUGUUUGCAGGCAUAUUUUGGAAACCAGUAAAGUGGACUAUGUCCUUUUCCAAGCUGCCACAGCCAUAAUGGAAGCGGUUGUCCGAGAGUGGGUUCUCUUGGAAAAAGGCAGCAUCGAGUCACUGAGAACAUUCCUCCUCACCUAUGUCCUGCAAAGGCCUAACCUCCAAAAGUAUGUUCGGGAACAGAUUCUACUAGCUGUAGCAGUGAUUGUAAAACGAGGUUCACUAGAUAAGUCAAUUGACUGCAAAAGCAUAUUUCAUGAAGUCAGCCAGUUGAUAAGUAGUGGCAAUCCUACCGUGCAAACUCUGGCCUGUUCUAUUCUAACUGCUCUAUUGAGUGAAUUUUCAAGUUCAAGUAAAACUAGCAACAUUGGACUGAGUAUGGAAUUCCACGGUAACUGCAAACGAGUCUUUCAGGAAGAAGACCUUCGUCAGAUCUUCAUGUUAACAGUUGGAGUUCUGCAGGAAUUCAGCAGACGGGAGAACCUCAGUGCUCAGAUGUCCUCAGUGUUUCAGCGGUACCUUGCACUAGCCAACCAAGUCCUGAGCUGGAAUUUUCUCCCUCCAAAUUUGGGCAGACACUAUAUAGCUAUGUUUGAAUCCUCACAAAAUGUGCUGCUGAAGCCAACGGAGUCCUGGCGGGAGGCACUUCUGGACAGCAGAGUCAUGGAGCUUUUCUUCACAGUACAUCGAAAAAUCAGAGAAGAUUCAGAUAUGGCACAGGAUUCUCUGCAGUGCCUUGCCCAGUUAGCUUCUCUUCAUGGACCCAUCUUCCCCGAUGAAGGAUCCCAGGUCGAUUAUCUUGCACACUUCAUUGAGGGUUUGCUGAGCACUAUCAAUGGAAUUGAAAUAGAAGAUUCUGAAGCUGUAGGGAUCUCCAGCAUUAUCAGCAAUCUGAUAACUGUGUUCCCUCGGAAUGUUUUAACUGCCAUCCCCAGUGAGCUCUUCUCCUCCUUUGUGAACUGCCUCACACACCUCACUUGUUCUUUUGGGCGAAGUGCUGCACUGGAAGAAGUGCUUGAUAAGGACGACAUGGUGUACAUGGAAGCAUAUGAUAAGUUGCUGGAGUCCUGGCUAACUUUGGUCCAAGAUGACAAGCAUUUCCAUAAAGGGUUUUUCACACAGCACGCAGUUCAGGUGUUCAACUCCUAUAUUCAGUGUCACCUUGCUGCUCCAGAUGGCACAAGGAAUUUGACUGCCAAUGGUGUGGCCUCUCGUGAGGAAGAAGAAAUAAGUGAACUCCAAGAAGAUGACCGAGAUCAGUUUUCUGAUCAACUAGCCAGUGUAGGAAUGCUAGGAAGAAUUGCUGCCGAACACUGUAUGCCUCUUCUGACAAGUUUAUUAGAAGAAAGAGUAACAAGACUCCAUGGCCAGUUACAACGGCAUCAGCAACAAUUACUUGCUUCGCCUGGAUCAAGCACCAUUGACAACAAAAUGCUUGAUGAUCUCUAUGAAGAUAUUCACUGGCUUAUUUUAGUUACAGGCUACCUCUUAGCUGAUGAUACUCAGGGAGAGACUCCGCUAAUACCUCCAGAAAUAAUGGAAUAUUCCAUUAAGCAUUCAUCUGAAGUUGACAUUAAUACAACACUUCAAAUUUUGGGAUCUCCAGGAGAAAAGGCUUCCUCCAUCCCAGGGUACAGCAGAACAGAUUCUGUGAUUAGGCUGUUGUCUGCUGUGCUAAGAGUCUCAGAAGUUGAAUCUCGAGCAAUAAGAGCAGAUCUCACUCAUCUACUAAGCCCUCAAAUGGGCAAAGAUAUUGUUUGGUUUCUAAAACGCUGGGCCAAGACUUACCUCCUGGUAGAUGAAAAACUGUAUGAUCAGAUAAGUUUGCCAUUGAGCACAGCAUUUGGAGCGGAUACAGAGGGUUCCCAGUGGAUUAUCGGCUACCUCUUACAAAAGGUCAUCAGCAAUCUGUCAGUGUGGAGUAGUGAGCAGGACCUCGCGAAUGAUACUGUUCAGCUCCUUGUCACUUUGGUAGAAAGAAGGGAAAGGGCAAACUUAGUAAUUCAGUGUGAAAACUGGUGGAACCUAGCAAAGCAGUUUGCAAGCCGAAGCCCACCUCUUAAUUACCUGUCCAGCCCAGUGCAGAGGACACUAAUGAAGGCUCUGGUCUUGGGAGGUUUUGCACAUAUGGACACAGAAACCAAGCAGCAGUAUUGGACUGAGGUUCUCCAGCCUCUCCAGCAGAGAUUCCUGAGAGUGAUAAACCAAGAGAACUUUCAGCAGAUGUGUCAGCAGGAGGAAGUCAAGCAGGAGAUCACUGCCACGCUGGAGGCCCUGUGUGGCAUUGCUGAGGCCACCCAGAUCGACAAUGUAGCCAUCCUUUUUAAUUUUUUAAUGGACUUCCUUAACAAUUGCAUUGGAUUAAUGGAAGUUUACAAAAAUACUCCAGAAACUGUCAAUCUCAUUAUAGAAGUUUUUGUUGAAGUUGCACAUAAACAAAUAUGCUAUCUUGGAGAGUCCAGAGCCAUGCAUCUAUAUGAAGCCUGCCUCACUCUGUUACAAGUGUACUCUAAGAAUAACUUAGGGCGGCAAAGGAUAGACGUUACGGCGGAAGAAGAGCAGUACCAGGACCUGCUUCUCAUCAUGGAGCUUCUCACCAACCUUCUCUCAAAGGAGUUCAUAGAUUUUAGUGACACAGAUGAAGUGUUUAGAGGGCAUGAGCCAGGACAAGCAGCAGGCAGAUCCGUCUCUGCAGCUGACGUCGUUUUAUACGGAGUAAACCUAAUUCUGCCCUUAAUGUCACAAGAUCUUUUGAAGUUUCCAACCCUUUGUAAUCAAUAUUACAAAUUGAUCACAUUUAUUUGUGAGAUUUUUCCUGAAAAAAUACCCCAGCUUCCUGAGGAUCUGUUUAAGAGUCUGAUGUAUUCCCUAGAACUAGGAAUGACAUCAAUGAGUUCAGAAGUAUGUCAGCUCUGUCUCGAGGCCUUGACACCAUUAGCUGAACAAUGUGCUAAAGCACAAGAAACGGAGUCACCACUUUUUCUAGCAACACGACACUUCCUUAAGCUGGUUUUUGAUAUGCUGGUCUUACAAAAGCACAACACAGAGAUGACGACUGCGGCAGGAGAAGCGUUCUACACGUUGGUGUGUUUGCACCAGGCUGAGUAUUCUGAACUGGUUGAGACAUUACUAUCAAGUCAACAAGACCCAAUCAUUUACCAGAGAUUAGCAGAUGCCUUCAACAAGCUCACAGCGAGCAGCACUCCUCCUACCCUGGACCGGAAGCAGAAGAUGGCCUUCCUAAAGAGUUUAGAAGAAUUUAUGGCAAAUGUUGGUGGUCUCCUUUGUGUAAAAUAAACAACAGAGCUAUAUGCUUAACUUAGAUCCUUUCUGCAAAGUGCACUGAAUUGCUGAAAGUUGACUCGAGUCUUGUCCUGUUCCUCAGUUCGUUUGACCAUUUUGGAUUUUGGCAAGCCUGAGACUUUGUGGAGUUCGGUGAAACAGGAGAGGUCAACUUGAAAUCAGCUUCGUCAUUAGGUGUUAGCCAUGAUCUGCCAUAUAUCUGUCUUCUAGAUUCUGAAUGGUGAUUUACAUUUUUCAAAAUGCAAUUCCAUAUAUGUGCAAACAGAUAUGGGCACCAUGAAAUUCAUAUUCAGUGCCUUUUCCCCUUUAUCAAAGCAUAGGUGGCUAGCCAAAGGUGAUAUGUUCUCGGCAUUAGUUUUCAGAAUGCCCAUAGAUUCCUCAUCAUUUGAGGAGCUGGCUGUAGGAGGGGAUUCUUGGGUCCUACUGUGCAUCAUUAGAAGAUUUGAUCGUUGGACUCUAGAGUAUCCAUUUUACUAAGCUCCUCCCCUCCAUUACCCUAAAGUUUGGAAUCGAUGCGAGAGAUGCUGAAAGCAUGUAACAGACUUUGUGCUUUCCAAUGCUUCCUACCCUCGGUGACUCUAAUUACGCAGGACGUCCGUCUUCCCACCUCCUCCCUUUCCUUUGCUUUCGUCUCACUGUUGCAGGUUUUGUGUAAUUAUUUCAGGUUUCUAAUCAGACUGUGAUGCCUGAACUUGAGGAAAGUACGUGUAUAUUUCUGUUCCGUAAAGAUGACUUUAGGAACUGUAGCCAUUUCAUUGCCUUAAUUUUAAGAGGAAAAGACAAACCAGAUUUGUUUUAGAUAGAAAUUUAGUCUUGACACUUAAGAGUUGGCUUUGGGUAUUAGCUGCUAUGAACCUCUUGCCCCUUUGAUUAUGUAUUUAUGUGAGUUUAUCAGUGAUGUGGAAGAGCAUCCUGGCGUGGUUGCCUUUCUCAGUGUGUUUCUGUCCAGCCACACAGCCCAUAUCUACUCUGAAUGGCUUGCUUAAGCAAUAACUUUUUAAUGGGUGUGAAUUACUAAUUCGCACAGACUAUUGCACAUUGGGGCACUAGGGGCAAUAAUUAUGCGAAAGUGGGUGUUAUCCUCAUGGCACGGGAGCUGCACUAAUUCAUUUUCAAAGACUUAAAAAUAUAAUGUUAGCCACCCGUUAGCCAGGCAUGGUGGUGCAUGCCUGUAUUCCUGGCAUUUAGGAAACUGAGUGUGAAGGCCAGGCUAGUCUGGGCUACAAUGUAUGAUCCAUCUUUAAAAAAGAAAAAGAAAAAUUCUCUUUAGAUCCUCUGGCUUUUCUAAUCAGGAUUUUUAUACUGCUCCCAUGCUCCUCUUAAUUUUUGUGUCAGCUUUAAUUAUGAAAAUGAAAACUCAUUUAUAAACAGCAGGCCUCUGACACUGCCCACUGCAGGACCAGUCACAACGUGCAGUGGCAACUAGAGGCCUCUGACCUAGGUGCAUCUGAGACUGCCAUGGAAGGGCAGGCUCCUCUGCUGUUCUUGACGCCUCUCUGCUGAACCAUCCAGCAGGUACUGUCCUCUACCUGAACUGCACAGUGCGUGCAUCUUAAUAGCUGAUGCUCUGGAAAUUUUGUGUAACUCUGUAUACGCAGAGCAUCUGAAUUACACCCAUCCUGUACCUGUGAUGGUAGGUGUACGAGGAUGCAGAGUUUAGGGCCAUAACUCUGAGAGUCCUUUCUCCUAAAUUGAUCACCAUUUAGUAACUGUAAGUAUGGAAAAAAAGAUCUCUACUGCAAAGAAGAAAUAUAAUUCUACAUGCUUUGUAUUUUAAAUACUUGGAAAGGUUGUUUUUAGAUUUUUUUUCUCUCUAACUGAUCUGCAGCAGCAAUCACUCUAUUUUGUAUUGUUCUUGAUGUCUGUGUUUCCUCAGCAGGUGUGUUUUCUGUGUAUCUGUGUGUGUGGAGGGUUAUGGGCCUUUUGACAGAAGGCCUUGAGAUACAACUGAAUAGAUAGGUCACUGGCUAGGACAAAGCAGUUAUCAAGUUCCAGCAGAGAUGUGUAAGAAAGGAUGCUUUGGUAAGUAACAAGGCAUCUAUCUGUGUAUAAUAACUUGUAUUCAGACAGAACUAUAUUUAUUAAAUUUGAUGAGAUCCUAGGAUGAUAUACUCCAAUUCUGUUACACCCCUUUUAAUUGAAGGAAGGUUUUUUGUUUUUUGGUUUUUUUUUUUAGAUUGGACCAAAUAAUGCUUAAAUGAUCACCAGAAUGUUGAUUAGAAGGGAAAAAGACCCCACCGGAUUUUAAAUAAUGGGAACACCACUUAAUUGUCCCACUUCGACCUUUCAGGGCAUUUGUGUGUCUGUUCGCUUUACUGAGUAUUUGUUUAGUUUGGUCUUUUUGCCCACUUUUGUUUUUAGCUUUGUUUCCUACUGCUUCGUGGACUUCUGAACUGUAUUACUGUCCCACUUUUUUUUUUUUUUUUUUUUGAUGUUCUUGCCCCAGUGGGUAUUGAGGCCACUGACUUCAUGAACUGGUUUUUCCAAUUCAAACUGUCUGUUAAGUUGUUGGAAAAUGUUUUUAAAACAAAAUAUUAUAUGUGCUCUUUCUAAAAUACAUGUUAAAGGGACACUGCUGAGUAACUGAUUUUUCAGUUUUUUGUUCAUACAGUACCUUUUAGCCUUAAUUUCCCCACACUUUUGCUGUUCAGUUUGUCUCAUUUUAUGAUUCUUGGCCAUUUGCUUCCCGGGGCACAAUCACUAAGUAAUCUUCUACACAGUCACAUGGAGAUUGUCUGCUAACACUGGUGCUAAUGUAACAGCUCCUGCAGUGGCUCCUUUAGGUUUCUGGAAAGGGUAAUUUGAUGUCCUUGUGUUGGUUGGUGACUCUUUGGAUAGCUCAGCUACCUGGCAGUACCUGACAGUACCCUUUCCAACACAGUAGUUGACUGGCAGUACCUGACAGUACCCUUUCCAACACAGUAGUUGACUGGCAGUACCUGGCAGUACCCUUUUUCAACACAGCAGUUGACUCUUUCUUACUCUGGUGGAAGACUGUAUUAUAUCAACAUGACCGUACUGCUUUUGUUAGAUAGAAAUGACAUUUUGUAAUUCUCACCCUAAAUUUAACUUAAAACUUCAAACUUAUUAUAUGGAAAAAUAUCUAAUGAUAAUCAUUUUAAUCUGUUCAGAUGAGAUGGCUGCUACUUUGUCACAAUUUCACUCAAAACCAGAUCUAUAAUUUUCUCCACUCAACACUCUUUGAGGUCAAGUCUGCACACUCACUCACCUGUCUCUUCGUUCUGUUAGUGCUUACGUGAAUCCCUCAAACACUGAAGGGAAGCUGGCUGUUCGUUUUGAUAAUUUCAGGUUGGAGCUUCCUAGGGGAUAGAUAGUGUUGCUUAAACCCUGAAGAUAUUUUUGUUACAUUUUGUUUGCCAUCUCUGUUGUUAGAGGUGAUUGUCAUUGGCCCUUCCUAAGUUAGCUGUGUUUUGCAAGUAUUAUCAAUAUUGUUUUCUAAGUAAAACAGCAUUUCAAGUCUGAAGGAACUGCAGUGUUGUGCAGAGGGACUCUUUCUAUAGAGUAAGGAACUCAUUCAAAUAUGAGGGAGGUUUGGUUUGGUUGGUUUUCGAGACAGAGUUUCUCUGUGUAGCUCUUCUGUCCUAGAAGUCACUCUAUUGAUCAGACUGGCCUUGAACUCAGAGAUCCACCUGCCUCUGCCUACUGAGUGCUGGGAUUAAAGGCAUGUGCCGCCAUACUUGGCUAGAUAUGUUUUUAAUAUUAUAAUUUUCUAAAAAAAAAAACACAGAACGACAUAGAUGACUUGGGUAUGUAAUAAUAUUUUAAAUUAUUUGAAAAUGUAAGUGAAUGUUCUCUAACUUUUGCUAAAAACACUGCAUUUCUUUAAAACUUGGCCUCCUAGAAUUAGAAAGAAAAAUGUCCAAUUUUGUCAUCUUGUUGAAUUCAAGUUAAUUUAAAGGGCCAUGGCUCAAGUUGAACUUCAUUUUACCUGAGAUAUAAAAAUUGUGAAGUGUUCUUGGUUGAUUAUAAUGGGAAACCAUGACCUAUGUAGCCAAAGACUAUAUUUGGUUCAGGUAAAACUGGAGAAUUAAUGGUGGCUAUUCAUUUGCUAGUUUUGCAGACGGAUGAAGCAAUGUCUCUGUCCUGUAGAUGUGUAUGUGGAAGUCUGUCUGUGUCCUGUAGACGUGUAUGUGGAAGUCUGUCUGUGUCCUGUAGAUGUGUAUGUGGAAGUCUGUCUGUGUCCUGUAGACGUGUAUGUGGAAGUCUGUCUGUGUUCUGUAGAUGUGUAUGUGGAAGUCUGUCUGUGUCCUGUAGACGUGUAUGUGGAAGUCUGUCUGUGUCCUGUAGACGUGUAUGUGGAAGUCUGUCUGUGUCCUGUAGACGUGUAUGUGGAAGUCUGUCUGUGUUCUGUAGAUGUGUAUGUGGAAGUCUGUCUGUGUCCUGUAGACGUGUAUGUGGAAGUCUGUCUGUGUCCUGUAGACGUGUAUGUGGAAGUCUGUCUGUCUGUGUCCUGUAGACGUGUAUGUGGAAGUCUGUCUGUGUUCUGUAGAUGUGUAUGUGGAAGUCUGUCUGUGUCCUGUAGACGUGUAUGUGGAAGUCUGUCUGUGUCCUGUAGACGUGUAUGUGGAAGUCUGUCUGUCUGUGUCCUGUAGAUGUGUAUGUGGAAGUCUGUCUGUGUCCUGUAGACGUGUAUGUGGAAGUCUGUCUGUGUCCUGUAGACGUGUAUGUGGAAGUCUGUCUGUGUCCUGUAGACGUGUAUGUGGAAGUCUGUCUGUGUCCUGUAGAUGUGUAUGUGGAAGUCUGUCUGUGUCCUGUAGACGUGUAUGUGGAAGUCUGUCUGUGUCCUGUAGACGUGUAUGUGGAAGUCUGUCUGUAAAGACUGAGAGUUGACUGUGGCGAUGACCCCCUCCUGUCGAGUGGGAGUUGUGUGACUGGCACUAGUCAGCUCCCUGUACGCACUGUGGCCUGCUCUCCCCUGUUCCCAGAACUUCCCAGUUGUGGAAGGUUUGGAUUUCUUGUCCUGUUGGCAUUUUUAGGCCUCUUACCCUUUAGGAGCUGUCAGGUGUGUUCUCGCAGCUAAGUCCCCGAGCCUGAAAUAAUUUACCAUAUCUGCACUAUGUACCUACUGGGGGUGGGGGUGGGGGAUCUGACCUCAAGUGUGCUCUGAGCCCAGGUUUCCUCAUGUGGUGUCUUUUACCACAAAAUUAUGACAAAUUGCAAAUCCUGGUAUUGUGAUCUUAUUCUCUGUACAAAGAAAGAAGCUCUAUGCGGUGAGCUGUGGUUUAAUGGUCACAGAAUGUCAGCACUGCUGUCAUUCAGCACGUGUAACGUUUUUAAAUUUAUAAAUAUUAAAAUUUUAAACUUA